CUGUGUCAGCAGAGGUUGACGGAUGUGAUCUGGGAACGAGAAGGAUGAACAAACCUGGGAACAAGUCCAAGAUGGCGGCGCUCACGAAGGGUUCCCUACUGAGGAACGUCACCCAGGUCCUGCAAACGUCGGUGCGGACGAAGCUCUACAAGAACGAGACGCCGCCGCCACCGCACCAGGUCUGGCCGGAGUUCCCCAAGUCCCCGGACCAGAUGGCGGAACGCGCCCCGCCACUUCACGCCGUCUGGAGGGUCAAAUCCACCAUCCGUCAGCCGUAUUGGAUAAAAGAUCUCGUCAAGGAGAUGAAACUUGACCAGAUGAGGAAGAUGUACGUGUUUAGGAACACACCGAGCGUCAACAACAAGCUGUGGCAGAUCAAGCACCUCAUACGCAUCGUUCCCGUCAACCUGAAAAACGGUGUGCCCCGACCGGAGGAAUAUGACGGCUGCUACCUCAAGUCCAACGGCGAGCUGGUCAUCAGAAAGAGGCUGGAGCCGCUGGUCGAGCUCCCACAGCUCUCGGAGGGAGAGACGGAAGAAAUUCACCAGACGAAGCCAAUGAUUGGCAGGCCCCGAGAUGGCCAUGGACACACGUAUGAAGUCAAACUCGGGGACUACAGUACAUUAGCAGAGGAGAGAAGAAGUGAUGAGGGGGAGAUCUUCAAAAUGUCAUAGCACUGAAACUAGAUGAAGUUUGUAUAGAAUAAGCCUAGAAUUCAUCCUACUCUAGCUCCGGUUUGCUACUAUACUUCAAUCAUCUCCUUGGCUGAAAAGUUUGGCACCUCUUAGUAGAGAAAUAAUUGGAAUUUAAAUAUUUCAAUACAGGAAAGGCAAGUGACCUGAUUGGCUCUGAGUCACACAGGUCUCAUAAUAGCAUAGUAUUAGUAAGUGGGUUGAAACAAACAUGUGAAAGUUUGAUCCCUGUUACAAUGCUUCUGACAAGUGUUCCACACCAGGUGACAUACAGGGCAGUGGUCAUCUUCAUUUCUGUAGCCCUUGAACCACACAAGCAAGUACUAAGCCAGAAAAAAGCAGAAUGUACCGUUUUGAAAAAAAGUGUCUUUGGUAUGACUUGACCUACCAAAUGCAAGGCAAACACUCUACUCAAUCGGCCACUGCACCUUUUACAAAUCCAGUAUACUGCUUGCCUUUGUGAAUCUGUAUCAGAAUGUAUACAUAUUUAAGUCAUUUUUGACAGUUGCUUGUGACAGCAUUAGAAUUCGUGUUAGAUCAGGCCUCAGUCAUACAUAAGUAAAUACCAUAGAAAAGAUAUCAGAGGACAUCUCAACAUGAAUAAAUCAUGACAAGUCUGUAUGUAUUGUUCAUGUGUUUCUUUUUCUUAUUGUAUUAUUGGACCAAAAUCUAGAAAUGACAUUUUUGAAUAAAGAAGA